UGAGUCACUAGUCAUAACAUUCACAUCUGCUAUAGUUUUCAAGAUGUUGCAAUUGUUAAGAAAAAUAAGAAUGAUGUCCGUGAUACAAGAAAUUUAAAAUCUUUGAAUUAUGACGCGUUUUAAAAUACAAAAACUUCAGUUCUGUGUUUUUCUUUCGAUUUUUCUUUUGUCACAAGUAUCUACCUGCAAUGGAAAUUUGCGAGAAAAACAUCAAGAACUAAAAACAGUGCCUUUAAAUGAAGAAAAGAAAAUUAACGAAGAAUUUUCAAAAAAUGUUUCACAGGAUGCUACACAAAAAAUGCAAACUAAUGCUUCUGUUAUUAAUAACUCAAAAAAAACUACAUUUACUAUAACCUCCAAUGAAUCUUCAAAAACUGCAAUUACACCUGUAUCUACGGCUCCAAUAAACAAUGAAACACACAGACCUUCUGUUAAUACUGGAGCACUUUGGAGAGGAAUUUUGGUUAUUAUUGGACUCAGUGUACUUGCUGUAGCUUAUCUGGUUUUUCGGAACUUUAGGCUAAGCAAAACUCGUGCUCAAAUGGUCAGAAAGUAUGGUGUUCUUGCUCAUAGACAAGAUGUAGAAAUGAGACCUUUACCUUUAGAUGAAGAUGACGAGGAUGACACUACUGUAUUUGAUGCAAGUAAUAUUCCUGUACAUGGGUUACAAUCUCAACAUUCUUAAAAAAAAUAUUUUGUUUAUUUUAUUUUUUACAAAAUAAAUUUAGCAUUUUUUUAUAGAGUAUGAAUAAAUAAAAUUUUGAAGGAUUGUACAAUAUCUAAGACUGAGCAGAAUAAUGUAAAGUUGAUGGUAAAAAGGCAUUUUGUAGUUUUUUCCUCUUUCUUUUAUAUAAAGAAAAUAAUGUGAUACAAAUGUUAUUACAUAUUUUAUAAAAUCAUUUAAAAUUGAUGUUGUGCCUACAAAGCAAACUUGAUAAUACAACUGGUCUUUAUCAGAACUAAAUGUGAUACAUAUAUAUACAAUCAUUUUAACAAUUCAUUUAGAUAUAAACUGUUUGUGACAAUCGCUGAACUUUGUACUGCAAUAAAGAGCUCUCAUAUUUAGUAUAAAUAUCGUUGUUGAAAAUAAGU